UCGCAACCUGCAUUUGCCCGCACAAUCGCCUCCGUCAGCAAUCGCAGCCAAAAUGUCCAGCACUGCCGGAAAAGUCAUUACCUGCCGGGCUGCCAUUGCCUGGGCGCCCAAGCAGCCUCUCUCCGUCGAAGAGGUCCAAGUUGCCCCGCCCAAGAAAGGCGAGGUCCGCAUCAAGAUCCUUGCCACCGGUGUCUGCCACACCGAUGCAUACACCCUUUCGGGCCAAGACUCCGAGGGCGUCUUUCCUUCGAUCCUCGGCCACGAGGGCGGUGGCAUCGUCGAGUCUGUCGGCGAGGGCGUGACUGAUCUGGCCCCUGGCGACCACGUCGUCCCGCUCUAUAUCCCCGAGUGCCGUGAGUGCAAGUUCUGCAAGUCCAACAAGACCAACCUGUGCUCCGUCGUUCGCAGCACCCAGGGCCGCGGCGUUAUGCCCGAUGAAACCACCCGCUUUACCGCCCGUGGUCAGCAGAUCUACCACUACAUGGGAACAUCGACCUUCAGCGAGUACACUGUCGUGUUGGCCAUCUCGGUCGCCAAAGUGUCGCCUUCUGCUCCGCUCGAUCGCAUCUGCCUCUUGGGCUGUGGCGUCACUACUGGAUACGGCGCCGUCCUGAACACUGCCAAGGUCGAAAAGGGCGCCAUCGUCGCUGUCUUUGGUCUUGGCGGCGUCGGUCUCUCGGCUAUCCAAGGCGCCCGCGCUGCUGGUGCGAGCCGCGUUAUCGCUGUUGACACCAAUCCAAUGAAGUUUGAGCUGGCCAAGAAACUCGGCGCCACCGAGUUCAUCAACCCCAAAGACAUCUCGGUCCCCAUCCAGCAGCACAUUGUCGAGAUCACGGACGGCGGUGUCGACUAUUCGUUCGAGUGCAUUGGCAACGUCGAUGUCAUGCGCGCCGCUCUGGAGUGCUGCCAUAAGGGCUGGGGACAGAGCAUCAUCAUCGGCGUAGCUGGAGCCGGACAGGAAAUCAAGACCCGCCCGUUCCAGCUCGUGACUGGCCGUGUAUGGAAGGGCAGCGCCUUCGGUGGCGUCAAAGGCCGCACCGAGUUGCCUGGCCUCGUUGAAAAAUAUAUGACCCACCAGCUCGACAUCGAUAGCUAUGUCACCCACAACUACAAGCUUGAGGACAUCAACAAGGCCUUUGACGUCAUGCACGCCGGAGAGAGCAUUCGUUCAAUUGUGCAUUUUUAAGACCAAUCCAAGCUCUGUUGGUGGGGUCCAAGUGUAACGCCGACGGAUUGUCGGCUGCUCCCGCCCCGAAUUGAAUGAAUAAACUCCCAGCUUGCGCGACACAAAGCGGCAAGCUCAUGGCGGUCCACGA